AUGGCGGUAACGGGGCCGCUCACAUUGCUUCAUGAACUAACCGCGUUGCAGAACAUGACUGCUCUCUUCGGCGGCAUAUACUUCCACGAACUCGUCGCGCAUCUGUCCUUUGAUUGGAGACUCAUAAGACGUCAUGAUGGCCGAGGGACUACUACAGCACACAUCGCCAAGUGGACGUACUUGCUGUGCCGGGCACUCCUCGUUAUCUUCGCUGUCUGUGCAGUCACGGGAUCGUUCCCUGGCCACCCUGACUGUCGCGCUGUCUAUAAGCUCCUGAGUGCUAGUGGCUUCAUCGGGAUCAUAUGCUCGUCAUCUCUACUCGGGAUACGAGUUGGUGCCAUAUGGAAGUGGGAUAAGAGGGUCAUGGCACUUGUGACUGCGAACUGUCUAGGAGCUUUGGGCUGCGCUAUAUUCUUGGUCAUCAAGGUCGACUCGACAUACGAAGCCCAGCUAAACAAUUGCGCAUUGACCAGUGUGCACGAUGAUUUGUACCCAUCCGUUGCCGUCUUGAUAGGAGACUGCACACUUCUCGCCUUGCUUCUCGUGGGUCUUCGCAGGAACUGGGGUGGCGCCCGCGAGUUUCGCAUGUGGCAUAUACUGUGGACUCAAGGUUUAUUAUACCUUCUUCUCGCCACGAUCGUCGAGGUUCCGUUGGUGGCCCUUCUGAUCGUGAAUCUGAACCCUGUCAUGAACACGAUUCUCAUCCCACCCGAAGUUAUCAUCCUGGGCAUAGGUGCGACCCGGAUGUAUCGAUCUCUGAAUCGCACAGUUCGGGGCGAUGGACACCAUAUCGAGCACUUCACGAACGGUACAUCAAUGGAAGGAAAUAGUGCCACCGUUGCGCUCCAGGAGAUCCGCCUGAGGGCCUUGCGCAAAGAAUAA